AUGGAAGCUGUUAAGAGACAGGAAGCUGAAUCCAAGAAGUCCUUUUGCAACUCAGCCGCCAUAGAAGAAAGAUUUGAAGACCAAGUUCCAGAAUGGAUGCUUUCAAAACCUACUGUUGAUUGCAUGAUUUGGCCUGAAGAGAUUACCCAGAGAGAGAGUCCAAUCGAGCUAGAAAGAGAAGACUCUUCCCAAAGAUUAUCCCCAAGACUGAUAACUCAGGAAAGUUUGUUGUGCCUUGUAUCAUCAAAGAUUGGAAAUUGCUCUAUCCCUACCGAUUUCCAGAUUGUGGAAAUGAGAGAGAGUAGCCAUAGACCUCUCAUAUUUGGAACCCCUUUCCUGUCUACUGUGGGUGCCAUAUUUGAUUUCCCCAAUCAAAGAAUCUCUUUCAACAAGGUGAACAAGGCCCAAGCAGCUUGCCAACAAGCAAGGAGUAAGACUAAGGCCCCUACACCAAAACCGCCCAAGGGAUCAACCAAGAUUGAAGAUGAGGCCAAGCCAAGAAGGAAGGUUAGAAAGCCUAGGUCUGGCCGCAACAUGAAGCUUCUAUUCCCAAAGGAGCUUAUUGAUGAGAAUCUAGAAGGAUUCAAGGAGAAAAUACUCAUUGCAAGGAGAAAAGACUUGGAGGAUCAAGAUGCCUCUUGUCUCCAUCUUCUCCUGAGCGCCAAGCCUUACAGUCAAGCUAAAGACUUAAAACAAGCGCUGCAUGGGAGGCAACCCAUGAGGAUAGAAGGAGAAAAAGGUGUGAAAACACAAUCCGCGCCAAACCAUUGGCCGCGGACGCGCAAACCGGUCGAGCCGGGAAGGAACGGCUUAUGCUCGGCCGGAUUACUCUAUCGCGCGACAAAACCGUCGCGCGGCACGCACGAACAGGAAGAACAGGCCGCGAUCGGCCGGAUUUUGUAUCGGAACGGACCGACCGUGCCGGUCGAUCCGGGAAACAAACGAUCGGCCUCGGCCGAAAUUUCUCGUCCAACGAAUUUGGCCGACCAAAUCGCUCGACCGCGACAAAAUCCAUCGGCCAUCGGCCCAAACUUUUCUCGGCCAAGGUAA